AUGCAGGGAGAAUUUGGCGGCAGUUCUCACUCUAAAAUAUGUUUAGAUUUGUUGGCAAUAUUAGUGAGAAAAGAUUUUUCGAGCAAAAGCAACUUCAACGACGCGCAUCCUGCAUCAAAAUUGACAAUUUGUUUGAUGAAGACUAUUAAUACUCAUCUCGGACUACGCAAGACAAAGAACAAAUUUGAUUCGAUCGUUACGAGCCCAUUGGUCGUCCCGGAAGACAAACUUGAAGCACUCUUUCUUCAGCUCAUGAUGGUAACCAAUAAACUUAUUCCGCAUUGCAGUUACAUUGCAAAAAUCUCAGAAGAUAAUCUGAGCCACGAUUCACUGGGAAAUUAUAUUUCUCUUACGAGCUAG